CUGGCCCCUGGGGCGGAUCCAGGGAAGGAGAAGGAGAAGUGGGAAGGGAUGUGAAACUUGGCCCCGGGCCAGCACCGCCCUGCUGGGUGUCCCACAGGGGUCCCCGCGUGAAGGACCAGAGUAUCCAGUGCGCUGAAGACUGGACGCAGCGGGACCAUGGAAGUCCCCCAGGGCUGGCUGGUGAUCAGCGUGCUGGCCAUCUCCCUGGCCUCCUCUAUGACCCAGGACGUGUGCCGAGCCCCGGAUGGGAAGGACGGGAAUGCAGGAAUACCUGGCCGACCCGGACGGCCAGGCCUCAAGGGGGAGCGGGGGGAGCCGGGGGCCCCUGCCAUCCAGACGGGGAUCCGUGGCCUUAAAGGAGACCAGGGUGACCCUGGACCCCCUGGAAAUCCAGGCAGAAUGGGCUACCCAGGACCCGCUGGUCCCAUGGGGCCCCCUGGCCUCCCGGGGUUGAAGGGCACCAAAGGGAACCCCGGAAACAUCAAGGACCAGCCGCGGCCAGCCUUCUCGGCCGUGAGACCGAACCCUCUGACGAGAGACAACGUGGUCAUCUUCAGAGAGGUCAUCACCAACCAGGAGAAUGUGUACCAGAACAACACGGGCAGGUUCCACUGCUCUGUCCCAGGCUACUACUAUUUCACCUUCCAGGUGGUGUCCAAGUGGGACCUCUGCCUGUCCAUCAGGUCCUCUGGGAGGGGCCAGAUCCAGCCCUUGGGCUUCUGUGACUUCAACAGUAAGGAAUUCUUGCAGGUGGUGUCUGGAAGCACGGUGCUGCAUCUCCAGCAGGGAGACCAGGUCUGGAUUGAAAAAGAUGCCAGUAGGGGCCGCAUUUACCACAGCCCAGAGGUCGAUAGCAUCUUCAGUGGCUUCCUCAUCUUCCCAUCCACUUGAGCAGGGAAGACCAACCCCCCCACCCCCGGUCCCCAUCGUGGCCUCUGCAUCCUGCUGUGUGACCCUGGCCCACUCACUCCAGCUCUCGGGCCAUCUCUGCUCUGCCCUAUCAAGUGGGUGUUCUGUUGCUUUAGCUGCCUGAACGGAGAUCAUGUCUUAGAACUCUUCCUGGAAUAAAUAUCUGAAUCCACA